AUUCAUUGCUCUACACCAAAUUUGGAACUAAAAACAAGGGCUGCUGUAGCAAUUGUAACAUCUUCCUUCAAGAAGAGGCACUCUGCCUUCAUUACUAGACACUCCAGCCAUUUUUGCGGUCGAGGCGGCUCUGUAGUUCGCAGGGAUGGUUAGUCAGAGGAUCGAUCACCGAAGAAGAAGAACCUGCUAUAAUUUUGUUUUCCAAGAGGAAAGCGGAUAAAGAAGGAAAGACCAAAAUAAAACAGGGCAAAGGCGCGUCAUUGCAUCGCAUGGCAGAUUUUUGGGAGGGAGGAGGAAGAGGAGGGGAGGAAGGAGAAGCGUCAGGGUCGUAUGUAGGAGGCGGAGCAGGCGGUAAGCUCCGCACGUUGAGGUCAGCGCGCCGAGCAGCCGCCACACCAUAUGACCGCCCGCAGAGGGGGCGCCACGCACCUGCAGCUGUUAGGGCAGCAGCGAGGGGAGACAGUGAUAGCAGCAGCUGGUUGCGGAGAGUAGUGGUGGAUCCGGCCAGCCGUCUUAUAAAUAAUGGUGCGGUGAAAUGGUUCAACUCCGUCUUCAGGAAGCGCGCUCUCCUGCCGCCCGACCAUACGCAAGGAGUUCAAGAAGAAAGGCUUCGAGAAGUUGAGGAUGAAGCUGCGGAAAAUGCUGUGCUAACAAAUUUGAUUGAUAAAGAGGGAGAAGUCAGCCCCGUGGAAAGACAAAGAAGUGAGUCUGAAAUUGCUGGACUUGAGCAGCUCUUGAAAAAUAAAACACUCUCGAGGGAGAAGUUCAAUUGCUUGAUAGGUUUAUUACAGUCACGAGUUGUAGAUAAUUCUCCUGGCAUGGAAAACUAUGAUGUAAAAAUGAGAGAAGACCUUAAUGGUAGAAAUGAACCAAACAGAGUGCAAAUUGCAGAGUCUCAGAGAUGGCAAGAUGAGAGGAAGAAGGCAAGGGAAGUGAAAGAUAACCUUUCUUUUGGCAAUGGCUUGUUUUCUGAUGCAUUGUCUCCCUCUGUUAUUGGAAAUGUUUGUGAUGAUGUUCGUUCGACUCCAGUAGAUAUAGCAAAAGCUUUUAUGGGUCUGCAGUCUCACAGGGCACCAACAUCCACUUUACAUUUGCAGCAUAGACUUUUUGGAGAUGAGAGUACACCAUGUCGGUUAUUUCGAGAUGCAUACACGCCAGAUAGACCCAAUGCUUAUCAACUUGUACCAAGAACAACAGACGGCAAGUUGUUUGGGAAUGGGCAGGUUGAAGACAGGUUGAAGACCCCAUCCAAUAGGCUUAACAGCCUCCAAUAUCCGAGGUCUCAAAACAGAGGUCAAGGCCAGAAUCAUACCCCAUAUGCCAAAAAUUUUCGUCAGCAGGCUCAUUCUGAGCAUAUAGGUGAUGGGACUCCAAUUAGCACCCCAGCAUCACAAUGGACACCAAUACAAUCUCCACUAACAGGUGGACGACAGAUGUUAAAAAAGAGGAGUGGCUCUGUAUUGGAUGACGGUAUGACAUCAGGACGUCCAAUGAGAAGAAUCCGGCAAAAGACUAGCGUUUGCACCGCAUUGAGGAAUUCUGAUCCAUCAUGUUCAACCAGUAAUCAGUUAAAUCUUUUGUCAUCACAUGCAAAUGAUUUUGGACAGAAAACAGUGGCUGGAGUUGCUAUGAAGCCUAUGGAAACAGAGAAACAUAAACUUCUGUCAGCAUUGCCAUUCCAAGAGGAGGGCACAAAAACUUUGACUUCAAACCUUGGGUAUGUUCCACAAGAAUCUAGUGAGACAGCUCGUAAAAUUUUGGAGCAUCUGGAGCGGAUGGUGCCCUCGCCUAAAGAAAAGUCUGUGGAAUCACUGUUGGCAACUGCAAGGUCCAAGUCUCCUACACGGUUGAAUGUUAGCAUGCUUAAUGGACGUGCAAGAAGAAGCACUGAGACUGUAGACAAUGUACCCUUUCUGGAUAUGCAUGAGCAAAGCACCUUUUCUUUUCAGGGAAAUCAUCAAUCACGUGCUCAAGAAACCUCUUAUUCUGAGCAAACCUUUGAAGGUAAUGGCCAAUCUCCGUUAAAUUCUUUGGAAACUUCUGAGGAACCACCUAAAUUCCAUGGUACUGGAGAUGUAGCUCUCCAGCAUGUAGAUGCGGGUUCAUCAAAGGUGGACAUGAAAUUGCAAGUUCUUUAUAGUCCCCCCGUUCCAGACAAAAACAAAGGUUUUCGAAUGAGUUUAUGUGAGGAGUCUGAUGAAGAGGACUGUGUAAGUGAAAAUGCUACUAUUUUUGUUAACUCUCAGACUGGAAAUGGCACAUUCACAUCUCAUGGAAAUAGUACUGAUGUUACAACUUUGAAAGGGGAUAAAGCAAUAUCAUCUAUAAGAUCCUCGGAAGCUAAUACUCUCACAGAUGCAACUUCUGUUGUGGUUGAGUCACCUACAAAUAGUUCAGAGUUUACCUUUCCUGUUGUUUCAGCUACUGGUUUUUUCCCGGAACCACCGACCCCAACAGUAAUACCAUCACCUUUGUGUAAAGGUAAUGCUCAGCCUGUGACAGACUAUAUUGCUCCGACUUACAAUUUUGGUUCAACGAGCACUAGCAAAGGGCCUGAUUUCUCAUCCUCUACAAGUGCAUGCACUGAUGUGGAUACUUCCAAGCCAGAAUUUGAUUUUAAAUUUGAAAGAAAGCCUGAAGAAGCUUUCAGCAGUACUGCUGUUGCUGCGGCUGUGUCCACUUCACCCCAUCAAACUUCGUUGGGAUCAUCAGAACCUUUGGUUUCGGUCUUUAAAGGUGCAUCUGACCCAGUAUUCUCAGAAAACAUACCAUCUGUAUCAAGUUCAAAUAGCAACUUCUCUACAUCAACUGUUGCAAUACCUGCCUUGGGCAUCACAGUAUUUAGUGGACCUGUUUCUAAGACAGAUGGUAACAGUUCAGUGUCAUUUUUGUCUCCUGGAACAAGUGCCUUGAAAGGUGCUCUGGCAAACAAUAAUAGCUGUAUGAUGGAUUCAAACUCUGGCACCCAUGGUGGAGCAUCAUGUGUUGUAGUUACAGAGAACUUAGUAAGAAGUUUAACCAGUGGAGAGAAAAGCACAAUAAAAUCUGAAAGUGCAUCUAAAGCCAGCAAUUUUUCUCCUUGUGGACCUCUUCUUGAUGUAACCAGUGCUGCCGAAAGUACAGUAAUCACUACAAGUGGGACAAAAAAUUCAAAAAGUAACUUUGUGCCUAAUUCUCAGUCAGCCUUUGCAGGAUCUCUUUUUGAGCAGGCCUCAAGUUCUUCUGCAGCUAUAGCUUCAGCCUCCUUUAUAAUUGGGAGUUCUACUUCCCUGGGUCCACUUUCUAGUUCUCCGCCUUCAGGAUCUUUAUUUUCAAAUAGCCCAUCUGUAACGUUUGGUAGUACAAGCCCUGUAUUUGGAUCAGCUGUGGUUGCUUCAGUAUCAAGUUGUUCAUCUGGCUCAUCUGGCUCAUCUGGCUUGACUGCAUCUAGUUCUUCUAGCUCUUGCAGUUUGCCUUCUGCUGGCCUCAGUACCAAUCCAUUUGGCGUAAACACACCUGCUCCAUUGUUUUCUUCUAGAACUGCAGCAAACGGAAUUGCCACUACAACCACAUAUGGUGUUCCAAGUAACCCUUCAUUAGGGUUGAGUGGUACUUAUUUUGGUGGGAGCAGUGCUUCAUCAUCUGGUGUAAGUAUUACUCCUCAGUUUGGUUCCACUUUGUCUGUUUCAUUUGGAUUGAGCACCACUCUGCAGUCCAACACCUCUUCUUCUUGUGGAUUGAGUACGACUCCACAGUUUGGCUCCAAUGCAUCUUCUUUAUUUGGAUCAAGCAGCACUUCUCAGUUUGUUUCAAACUCAACUUCAUCAGUCCCAAGUAUGAUAUUUAGUGAAAAUACCACACCUUGUUUUGCCACAGGUUCCCGUCCUUCAUAUGGUUCUGGGAGUACCUCAAUAUUUAGUUCUGGAAGCACAUUUGGAUCUGGCAACUCAUCAUUUGGUGGAAAUGCCACCUCAUUUGCUUCUUCCAGUUCUACAGCAUUGGGUGGAAGCGGUGUCUCCUUUAGCUCUGCCAGCACUUCACCUUUUGGUGGAAGCAUUGCUUCAUUUGGUUCUAGUAGCCUUCCAGUAUCUGGUGGAAGCAGUUCUUUAUUUGGCUCUUCUAACACUCCAAUGUUUGGUUCAAAUAACAAUCCACCAUUUGGUGUGGCACAGUUCUUUCGGGCUUCCAGUGCUGCUUCCUCUUCACAAUUGCUGGCACACUCUUCUGGAUCUGGGUUUGGUAGUACUCCAGCUCUGGGCUCCACAGGAUUUUCUUUUGGAGGAUCUGUUGCUGCAAGCAGCAGCUCAUUUCCUGUUGGAACCUCAAGUGGUACCUCACCUAGUACAUAUACUUUUGGUUCCAAGGACACCACAACAUUGGCUCCGCAAUCAAUGUUUGGGUUGACAAAUUCAAAUCCUACUUUUGGUGCAACCACAGCAACACCACUUACCGAUCAGAUGGAAGACAGUAUGGCAGAGGAUCUUACACAAGUAUCUGCUCCAACUAUAUUUAGUGGACAGGCAGCUUCGUCAGCCCCUGGAUUUAUGUUUUCUCAACAAAGUGUGCCACCAAGUUUUAUGUUUAAUUCCCAACCAAGUCCACAAGUAGCUAAUCCUUAUGCAGCUGGUGGCCAAGGGACAUUUACUCCUCCAGGAGGGGCACUUGAGUUUUCUGGUGGAAGUUUCUCUCUUGGAGCUACAGGUGAAAAACCUGGCCGUAAGUUUGUAAAGAUAAAACGAGACAGGGGAAGAAAAAAGUAGAUUCAAGCAUCGUUUGGAUUUAAACAGCUGUUAGAUAUAAUGUAUCACUUGCACUUUCUUUGCUUGUUCAGGUCUUGAUGGUUAAAAAAUGGGCAUAAUGGUCCAACAUUUCAGCAUACUAUAAAAAUAUGAAGGGAUCUCUUCUUGGAACACCACUGUUUCAAUAUUUUUUCAGAAUUCUUGUAACUUGCUUGGACAGUUGUAUCUCCGGCCAAAUUAUUGGUCUAGCUUUAGUAGCUCUAAACUUAUUGCAUGUAGCAUACCAUACAAGCAAAUGAACUUCUUGUAAAGGCCAUAAUAAUGGUCAUAUUUGACAGUUAGAGUUGGUCAACCAA